AUGGGCAGCCACGAGAAGGACCCGUCCUCUCCGAAAAGGGCCCUGUCCCGCUCCAACAGCACCGUGUCUUCCAAGCACAGCAGCGUCCAGCAGGGCUCAGAGAGCUGGGAGGUGGUGGAGGAGCCCCGUGCCCGGGGCAGCCCCGGGCAGCAGCCACAGCGGCACGAGGGGUACCUGCUCAAGAAGAGGAAAUGGCCCCUGAAGGGCUGGCACAAGCGGUACUUCGUGCUGGAAAACGGGAUCCUGAAAUAUUCCACCACGCGCCAGGACGUCCUCAAGGGCAAACUGCACGGUGCCAUCGAUGUCCGUCAGUCCGUCAUGUCCGUCAACAAGAAGGCGCAGAGGGUUGACCUGGACACGGAGGACAACAUUUAUCACCUCAAGAUCAAGACCCCGGAGCUGUUCUCCAGCUGGGUGAGCAGCCUCUGCACCCACCACCACGGCGAGCAGCUGGAGCCGUGUCCCCAGGGGGGUCCCACGGGGACCAACACGAAGGGCCAGUGGACACGGAUCCUGCCCUCGGGCAGUGCCCCUGCCCUGUCCACGCUGGCCAGCUCCCGGGACAAGGUGAACGCCUGGCUGAAGGACAGCGAGGGGCUGGAGCGCUGCUCGGCCGAGCUGUCAGAGUGCCAGGCCAAGCUGCAGGAGCUGACGGGAAUGCUCCAACACCUGGAGGCCCUGCACCGCAUCCCCUCGGCCCCACUCAUCCCCGGCAGCCAGCCCUCGGCAGCCACGGAGAGGCCGAAGAAAGGCCGGAGGACCACCAAGAUCUGGUGCACGCAGAGCUUUGCCAAGGACGACACCAUCGGCAGGGUGAGGGUGGGUCGCCUGCACGGCUCUGUCCCCAACCUGUCCCGUUACCUGGAGUCAUCGCAGAGCCAGCUGCCCUUCAGCCUCCCCCCGGAGUACACCCAGCUGCAGCGCAGCUUCUGGGUCCUGGCCCAGAAAGUGCACGGCUCGCUCAGCAGCGUGGUGGCCGCGCUGGUGGCCGAGAGGGCCCGUCUGGAGGAGAUGCGGCAAGCGCUGGACCGGCAGUGCCCGGCCCCACGGCCCGGCAGCGCCGGCACCGCCGGGCCCGCCCUGCGCCGCUUCCACUCCCUCUCCGUCUCCUCCGACACCACCCUGGACUCGUUUGCCUCGCUGCACCCGGAUGAGCCGGACUCGCUGCCCGCCAAGGGCCGGGAGCAGCAGCUCUCCAACCGCAGCAUCGUCUCGCUCGCCGACUCCCACACCGAGUUCUUCGACGCCUGCGAGGUUUUCCUGUCCGCCAGCUCCUCUGAGAACGAGCCCUCGGAGGACGAGUCGUGCAUCAGCGAGGUCGCCACCAGCGUCUCGUCCCCCGACAGGAGCCGCCUGCCCGCACCCCCCGCACCCUCGGGGGAUGUGAGCCUGUGGGGACUCCUGAGGAGCAGCGUGGGCAAGGACCUGUCCCGCGUGGCGCUGCCCGUGCAGCUGAACGAGCCCCUGAACACCCUGCAGCGGCUCUGCGAGGAGCUGGAGUACAGCGCCCUGCUCGACAGAGCCAGCAGAGCCCGAGACCCCCGGCAGCGCCUGGUGUACGUGGCCGCCUUCGCCGUGUCCGCCUACGCCUCCACCUAUUACCGGGCGGGCAGCAAACCCUUCAACCCCGUGCUGGGCGAGACCUACGAGUGCGUGCGGCCCGACCGCGGCUUCCGCUUCAUCAGCGAGCAGGUGUCCCAUCACCCUCCCAUCUCCGCCUGCCACGCUGAGUCCGACAAUUUUGUCUUCUGGCAAGACAUGAGGUGGAAGAACAAAUUCUGGGGCAAAUCCCUGGAGAUCGUCCCCGUGGGCACCGUCAAUGUCCAGUUGCCCAGGACCGGGGACCACUACGAGUGGAACAAGGUGACCACGUGCAUCCACAACGUGCUGAGCGGGCCCCGCUGGAUCGAGCACUACGGGGAGGUGCUGAUCCGGAACACCCGCGACGCCUCCUACCACUGCAAGCUCACCUUCUGCAAGGCUCGGUACUGGGGCGCGGGGGCCAACGAGGUGCAGGGGGCCGUGCUGAGCCGCAGCGGGACGGCCGUGGAGCGCCUGGCCGGCAAAUGGCACGAGGGGCUACACCGCGGGCCCACCCCGGGCCAGUGCGUCUGGAAAGCCAACCCCAUGCCCCGUGACCACGAGAGGAAUUACGGCUUCACGCAGUUCGCGCUGGAGCUGAACGAGCUCACGCCGGAGCUCCGCAGGGUCCUGCCCUCCACGGACACUCGCCUGCGGCCGGACCAGCGGUACCUGGAGGAGGGGAACGUGCCGGCGGCCGAGGCGCAGAAGCGCCAGAUCGAGCAGCUCCAGCGGGACCGGCGUCGGGUCAUGGAGGAGAACAACAUCACCCACCAAGCUCGGUUCUUCAGGCGUCUGACGGAUGCCAAUGGCAAGGAGUCCUGGGUCACCAACAACACCUACUGGAAGCUGCGCCUGGACCCCGGCUUUGCCCACCUGGACAGCGCCGUGCUCUGGUAGCCACCCCCAAAACGGGGGGGCUUCUGAGCCCCCCCAGCUCCUCACAGCAGUGCCCAGCAGCGGGGCUGGUCCCCCCAGCACUUGGGGGUGCAGAAUCCCACCCCACUCA